GCACGCAGUCUGCCUUUAACUAAUUCCAUAAAUUAAUUGUUCUUCCGUACACCUAUGUACAUACUCCACCCCAGUUCUCACAAAAUGGACCAACAAGCAUUGCGCUGUAAUACGUAUCAUAAAAUUGACCUCUUUACUGCGGAUUUACACGAUUUCGACACCGACUGCUACUAACCGGCCACGAAUUAAUACACCAACUGUUGAAUAUUUGCAGGAGAUAUUCAUGAAAUGGAGGAGUUAGUGAUUGCGAUAUAAUCUUGAUUUUCAUACGCUUCUACAACGCAACAUUAUUCAGUUUUCGUUGGGAACUCUCCAGCGCAGUCAAAGUGGCGUGUGUAACGUAACCAACUCUGGAGGAGAGUCAACCAGCAACAGCGACUCCGACCUUGAAUAUAAAUGCCAUCAAGUUAACCUGAUCCACCAGCAACACAUUCCCUGACGGGCCAACCAACUAGAUUAAAAAGUGGUUCACAACAACAUAGACCCAUUGUUGUUACAUAUCCCAAUCCAACAACCAGCAAGUAAACCUCUUGUUUUGAUUUCUGUAAAAAAUAUAUAUUUUGAGUAUUGUCGUAAAUUUAAUAGUAAAUAUUUUAACGCUUUCAUAAAUUCGUCUCGUUUUCCCAAUUACAUAAGUAUCAUUGCUGUCUCGAUUGGUGAAACUGGUUGCGAAAUAGUAAUUGCCUACUUCAUAUUGCACUUACACACUUUAUUGCUGAGCAGACUGAUUCAUCAAGUGUUUGGGUGAUGAUAAGCCGUGUGGUUCAUUGGUGCUGUUGCUGCUGCUGACGAGGAUGGUUUUUUAUGUAACGGGGUCUUCGCCCAACUGAGGAUGAGUUUUUAAAUUGGACGACCUUGGCACUCAAUAAAGCUGCCGAUCAGAAUUUGUUUAGUUUACACAAGCCACGGAGACCAACCAACUUUUACACUGCCACACGGACGGCUGCCUAAUAAAUCUCUCCUCCUCGCAAAACAAGAGUUAUUUUCGUUCCAUACCACUUAACGGGACCAAGCGAAUUUACCAACAGUUUUAUUGCAGAUUCCAUCCAAAGUGCUCGGUUGUAUUAAAAAACUGAAAAUUUAUUGCAGUCGUCAAUAUCGUUUUUUUCUUCAAAUACAAUGUUACGUUCACUCCAGAUUCUAGGACGGGCGUCUUCCCACAAGGGGGUAGUUGUUCGGGGUAUGGCGUCGUUAAAUAUCGCAGGUGAACCUUCCGGGCCUUCCAUGAAGACGAGCAUGCCUGGACCAAAGUCCAAGCAACUGAUGGAUGAACUCAACAAACUCACGCAAGCGGGCAGUGUUCAACUUUUUGCAGACUAUGACAAAUCCUAUGGCAACUACUUGGUUGAUGUUGAUGGGAAUGUGUUUUUGGACGUGUACACCCAAAUCUCGUCCAUCCCCUUGGGUUACAACCAUCCGGAAUUAUUUGCCCUCUUCUCAGAUCCUCAUCACAUUCGCACUCUUGUGAAUCGGCCUGCACUCGGCGUUUAUCCUGGAGGAGACUGGGUCCAAGAACUGAAGGAUUCCGUUCUCUCGGUAGCACCCAAAGGAUUAAAACACGUAACCACGAUGGCUUGUGGCUCUUGUUCCAACGAGAACGCCUUCAAAGCCAUUUUCUUCUGGUAUCGGAAGCAACAGCGCGGAGGGAAGGAUUUCACUCCGGAUGAGCUGACUUCAUGCAUGAACAAUUUGCCACCGGGCAGCCCACCUCUUUCCAUUCUCGCCUUUCAUGGAGCGUUCCAUGGCAGAACUCUUGCGGCCUUGACCUGCACUCAUUCCAAAGCUAUCCACAAGAUUGAUGUCCCCUCGUUCGAUUGGCCUGUUGCCAGAUUUCCAGUGUACAAGUACCCACUGGAGGACAACGUUGGAGAGAAUAAGGCCGAGGACAAGAAGUGCUUAGCCAACGUUGAAGAGUUGAUUGACAUUUGGAAGAAGAAGGGCAAUCCGGUGGCUGGAAUCAUUGUGGAGCCCAUUCAGGCCGAAGGUGGGGACAAUCAUGGAUCCCCCGAAUUUUUCCAAGGCCUCCAAAAGUUGGCCAAGACGAAGGGUGUGGCUCUUCUCAUAGACGAGGUUCAAACGGGAGGAGGACCCACGGGCAAAAUGUGGGGCCACGAACACUUUAAUCUCCCCGAAACGCCGGAUAUUGUCACUUUUAGCAAAAAGAUGCAAACUGGAGGAUUUUAUCAUAAACCUGAAUUUAGACCGGACCAAAGCUAUAGAAUUUUUAACACUUGGAUGGGAGAACCCUCCAAGAUUCAGAUCCUGAAUAAAAUUCUGGAAAUAAUUAAACGUGACAAUGUGCUGGAAAAUGUGCAGAGUACGGGAUCUCUCAUGCUGAAGCAACUAAAGGAAUUCCAAAACAAGUAUCCAAAUCAUCUCAACUCUGCUCGGGGCUUGGGAACAUUUUGCGCCAUAAACUGCGCAAAUGGACAACUGCGUGAUAAGAUCAUCAACCUCUUGAGAGAACAAGGUGUGCAAGCCGGUGGAUGUGGCGAGAACGCGCUACGUUUCAGACCCACCCUCGUUUUCCAACCCAAACAUGCCAGCAUUUUCUUUGAUAAAUUCGAAACUGUGUUAAAAAAAUUGUAAGCAUAACACUCUUCUUCUUCCUGCAGCAGGUGGGAACAGUGGGUGCAAAUUGAACGCCAUUAUUUUUAUGGCUGCGGUGGCUAUAACUCUUACUCUUGAGCUAUUAAAUCUACAUAUUCUACUCUGGUGAUUGUUACGUACAUAUUGAACGUAUGUAGUAUAAAUUUACAACAAUGUCUUCCAUACUCUCUGUCUAAUAAAUCAAGUCUUCCACGUCUCGACUUUUAUGCAUCAGGAUAAUCUUCACGCUUUUUCACACAUUACUUGUUUGCUUAAAUAAAGUUGUUGAAAUAAAGCCUUCUCAGAAACAAAA